AUGGAUGACCCAUUCCGAGACGAUAUCCGCGAUACCACCGCUCUGCGAAAAGAAACAGAAGAUCGCAUUCGCUCAAAGCUCCGUGGCUUCUAUUUUGCCAGCACCGACACAAUUCUGGGAAACAAACUCGAAGAUCAGGUCCUGCUGCAAGAACUGUGCCCAAACGACUCGCGAAACAACAUCGCCUCGGAUGUAACCAAUUACAUCUUCAGAACACUCUUGGCGUGCAUCGAUCAAUGGCCAGUGUUAGAUGCAGACGGGCCUUUACCUUUCUGGAACACCAUAGCCACUCUUGGCGAGAAUAAUUCGAAUAUUCACAUCCAACCUGCCAUGGCUCGAGACCUCGUUACGGCCCUUAUCAAAGCAAGGCAGCGAUAUGUGCUACGUCAAACUGCAAUAUACUCCGACUUUGAUCUGGAAGGUGAUCUGACGAUGAGCAGCGACACAGCUGCACAGAUGAUUCUCGAGCGCAUCCUGAUCCUGAAAGAUCCGAGUGAAUUCUCUGGCGAUGUAUUCAGAAGCCCCCUUUGCAGCGAAAAGGAGAAACAACACUUGCUGAAGCAUGCGGUGCAGUACGGCCCAACAAAGAAAAUCUCUGGCAACAAAUUUCAAAUUGCGCUGAGAGCGCCGCAAAAUCUCCAUCCCAUUUCAGACCUAGCCUGGAGGCCAAAAGGCUCCAGUGCGAGAGGGUUUGUUGAAAGACUGGCCGUUGGCCUCAAUUCCCCCAAGUCAGGCUGUGGUGAUAUCCCAGUACCAAGAACAGUGCCUUCGAAAUCGGGGUCGACACCAAGCCAAAAAUACAAAAGUGAAAGGCCUCACACUGGGGGUAUUGGGAAACGCAAAUCGGAAUGCUUAUUCUUAACCCCUACACGAUGCAAGCCUCAAAUUAUACAGGACAAAUCUCCAUUGCUGCGCAGUGGCGGUUCCGAGAGCAGCCCAGUGAGCAAGAAGAAGGUCAAGAGGGCAACCACAAGAGCCGACCAACAAGUAGCGGACAAACCAAUAUCCCCGACGGUCGAGAAGUAUCUAAGAAGUUCGUUCAAGUUUCGUUCCAAAGAGUAG